CAUAUUCAAGAUGGCGGAUCCUCUCGUCUCCUUGACAGCUGAAAAAUUGGUUGAUCUCUCAAACGACAGGGAAUAUCUUAGCGAAUGGCCUCCAGCAAAUGAUAUUAGAGUAGAAUCUGAACAAUCAAUUCAGGUAAAAAGACAGAGAUUGGAUCGUGCAGAGGACAGAAGACAACCCAGUGUGCAAGAUAGUUAUGAGGGAGAAAGAGUUUUAUGGGCUCGGCCCGCUCUGGCAAAGUGGUGGAGAGAAAGACAAAAGGAGCCUGGAUUAAAAGAUUUAACAAGCAUUCCAAAAUCGGUUAAUCCUAAUACACUUCUGAAAUAUGUUGCUGGGUAGGUUUUGUUAAAACGAUAAUGAGGCCAGUUAUGGGAGUCUGAGGUGAGAACGGGGUGAUUUGGAUGGGUGGAUGGUUGAUGCGGUGCGGUGCGGGGGGGUUUCUCUGAUGGAGUGUGCGAAUGGACUUUGUCCAAAAGGGGUAACAUUCCCAAUGUUCAAUUUUACCAAUGGGUAUGGAGAGUGGAAUUUAAAAUACAAUAAAUAACAUUAGACAUACUGGUUUUAGUUUACUUGCUUUAAUUAAAGAUUGACAUAAAAAUACAAACACUUACCACAUGAGGAUCUACCAAUCAGAACUGAGAAGUCAAAUUUUCAUGCUGCUUAUUUCCUGAGUAGAAUUGUGGUUACUAUUUGGUAUUUGAAAGGAUUCUACUACUGUUUUAACAAAAAGAGAGAUUUGAAAUCAAAGAGCUGUAACAUUUCUUAUAGGCUUUCUUUUACAAAACUUGCCCUACUCCAAGAUUUCCACAUCGUUCAUUUAUAUUUUUUGUUCUACAGACCUCUUUCAAAAUUGGGCAGCAGUACUUUAUUCCUUUUUUAUCCGUGAAAGUAGCCCUCCUAGUCUACAAUUUCUCCUUGUCAGCUCCUUGCAAAAUGUAGAGAACAGUUCAGUUUAUCAAGGUUGACAAUGUCAACCUGGAUAAACUGAAAAUUUUCCUUUAACCCUUUACACCCUAGCAUCAGAAUGCUUAUUCUCCAUACUGUUCUCUACAUUUUGCAAGGAGCUGGCAAGGAGAAAUUGCUUAACAAUCAAGAGCUUCUUUAGAUGGCAAUCAUUUCUCCUUUUCUCCUAAUGGUAAUGUGCAAUUCAAGGGUGAUCCUGUGAGGAGAAAUUAGAAGCCAGUCACUCUCAGGAGUCAAAGGAUUAAAGUGAGGCCAGCAAGGCUAAAAUGUAUGCAUACAAAAUACAUCUGCCAUCAUGUAGUGGACUUUGUUUUUUCUUUUCGAACAGCCUCCCCACAGGAAAAGCAUACUUAAAGAAGCAAAUCAACCUGCUGAAAAAGGAGAUAAUAUUACAUCCUGCAAGUGCUACACAUCAUGCUGCACUAGCAUCCUACUAUGACUUGCUUAAAGACACUUGUUCAGCUCUGAGUAGUCUUGAUGUCGCCACAAAGCUUGAUCCACUGGAUAAGAAUAUAGCAUGGCUGUAUUUGAAAGUACAACGAAGUAAAGAGCUGGAGGAUAAAAAAAGAAGUCUUCAGGAACAUUUUUUACCACAUCCUUCUACUGAUCAUAAGAUGCCUGAGCCAGUCGAGGUGAGUUGAGAUGCCUUGACAGGGGAAAAAAAUGAAGAGCCUUGUGACCUGAAUUUGGUCGGCAAAGUUGUUCAGAUCACAACCAUACCAAAAUUGUAGUCACUGACUGCUUCUUAGGGUCUGGAGACUACACCACAUCAAAACCCUAUUUUGUGGCCCCCAAUUAGUAGGCUGCCUUCCAGGCAGAUAUUGAGGAAGAUGAUGGAAAUGAAAAUGACUGAGUGACAUUAUCUUGCUGGUAUACUUACAUUGAGAAUUCUAUGAUCACUGAGUACAUGAUGCUUAAAUGGUAAGCUGAAAUGUAAAGUUAUUUUGAGUUGUUCUAGCAUAAUUAUAUUGUCUAGGGAGGACAGAUGCUAAGGAGAUGUCAAUACUAACAACAUUUUGCUUUUUUAUCACAUCAGACACAUAUAUUCUAUGUUGUCUUGGGUCUGCACAGUAAAAGAUCACAGAAGAUGUCAAUUUGUAAUAAGUACAUCAGUGACACACUUGAGCCACAUUUUUUGUUCUUACCACAUUUUGACAUCAUCUAUGAUCUAUUGCUGUACAGACAAAUGCACAGGUAGCAACAUGGAAUCUAUUUUAUGAUACUACAAUGAAACAUCUUUCUGCCAGAGAGUUAAAAAGCCAUGUCAUUUAGCAGUUAACCCUUCAACUCCUAGAUUAAAUUUGUAAUUCUCCUUAUUUUCAACCAUACAAUUCUUAUGUUUGUUCAAAGAAUUUAGUAUUGGAUCAACUAAUUAUCCCCAAAUUGAUAUUUUUCUUUAUUUUCAUCACUUGUCUGGUUGAUAUUUUAUUGAUAUUGUAAGGAGAAAUUCUGUCUUGGUCACUCAUAGGAGUUAAAGGGUAAAGGCCCUUAAUUAGGUUAUGUAAGCAGAUCUUCCUCAAGGAUGGAAACAGAUAUGUGAUAUCCAGCAGGGUGUGGUUUUGGGGGUGUUCAGUGGUAUACAGAGUGUGAUAUAUUACUGUCAAGGGUAUCUUUCAGAACCAUAAGCCUUGCACAGAGUGUAAAUUUGGUGAUUUGCUUGUCUAGUGCUGGCAGUUCUUAUUGUAUCCACCUCUAAAAUCAUGUCCAAAUAAGCUAGUCAUGGUUCCUUCAAAAAUAUAUUUUUAACUGUAAAUUGGGCCUUAGUGACCUUGAUCGAGAGCUAGAUUCUGCUUCCAUGCAGUUCUUUAUUCCCUUAUACCAGAGGGAGGAAUAUUUUCGUCAAAUAUAGCAUAGGGCAUAAUUCCAGGUACCCCUUCUUCCUUUGAACUCAUUUAUUUUUUAUCUUUUCAGGUAGAGAGGCGUCACUACAAUACUCUGGGAGCAAAACAGUUUUUGUUUGAGUAUUGUAUGACUGGUACCCCUGUUAUUAUCACAGGACUGGUGGUUACCAUGACUACUGCCCCUUGGGACUUUAAGCAUAUAAAAGAGGUGAAUGUUAUUUUCAACACUGUUUUUCAUGUGAUACAAUUAGAGGGACUAAAACAAUUCCCCAUCAUUUUACUAUUAGCAAUAAGAAAUUCAUACUUGAAAUUUACACCUAUCCAAAGGCAAUUUUCAAAGUGUUAUGUUUAUCUUUGAAAUCUCAGAAUGCAGUAAGCUCUAAGUUUUUAUAAAUACUUUUUGUUGACAGAGAUGAAAAUGUGUUUAAAAUUGUUCCAGGAAUAAAUGCAUCUCUUUUAAAAUCAGUUUCCCUUUAGUAUUUGUAAAAAAUUCAGUUGGAGGGCAGAAAGACAACUACUUCUGGUGAAAGCUUCUGAGGGUAACAGGGGGCAUGUUUUUCUAGAAAUUGUGGACACUCCACAGCCACUGAGAUUUAAAUGCCUUCCUGCCUCUCAUAAUUGUUUAGCAGGGGCAUAUUGAAAGAGAACUUCAACUGUAAGUGCUGUGUUUUAUUUAAGAUGCUACAAUGAUUCCUGUAUUAGUAAAAUCUAUGACUUUCUAUGGCUUGGUCUCUAUGCUAUGUAUUUAUUUUUGUAACAUUUCUUUGGCAAAAUUACUUCUCUUAGAUUGUACUGACAAUUAAAUGCAAUAACUACUUACAGGACCUUUAUCUAGUAUUAGCAUUUCUUUUCAUUUUCGAGCGGAGAAGGUAUCCGUCAGAGGUUGCUGUUAUGAUCCAAAACCGCUCCCUCUUCUCGUUUCCAAGAAAUAUCAAUUAAUUUGGGUACAGUGUGUCACGCCAUGUCUUUUUUAUAACGCAAUUAAAAAUUCAUCCCUACAAUGUUUUUAAUUACAGCUUACUUAGAGUUUUUUCUUUUCCACUGAAACACCUUGUCCCCAUCUCCAUUGAGCCACCCACUCUCCAAUGUGGUAAAUGAAUAUGAAGACUCCAACAGAAAACGCGAAAAAUGCAGCAAUAGAGAGCGCAUCUAACUUCUCUAAAAAUGGAUACACCCAAAUAUCUGCUGCAAAUGCUAUCCACAGAACCCAGAGAAUGUAACAAGCUGCAAAUCCUACGACAGAAACCAUAGCUUUCUUCUUAGUCGGGUAUUCGUGGCGAAUAAAGCAUAGUUCCAAGAUUGUCACUAAAGGGAAUGUAUGCAUGUAAUGAUUAUGCAACGCGGGAAUUUGUUUCGCUUCUUCUGGUGUUUGACAAGAGUUUGGAUCGGCAGCGUAAAGACCCCAAAAUAACAAGCUCACUGUCGUUCCGACCGGGAACACAAAGCAAGUAAACAUGUGGUCGCAAACGGACGCGAAGAUGUGGCUCUUUCGCUUCUUAAUGAUCUCGUGAAAUUCUGUGACAGCGGCAAUGUUGAAGUACCCAAAGUGUAACAGCAUGUUGAUAAAAGUUAAGAAUUUGAAUCUUCCUCCGUAGGUUUGGUGAACUGGAAGGUGAAUUUCUGUCAUAUAGUACGUUACUCCAAUCAAAUGCACCAUAAAACACAAAUAGUGAAACAGGAAAGGGCCCCAAACACCUGCCAUUUUGAAUCAACUCCACGAUGCGUUUGUUUUCCCGGAAGAUGAAACUUUGGACUGAUAUUAUUACACGCGUUGUAUAAAUGUCACGAACAUGUCAGGGUCAUGUGACAGACUUUUCAAACGUGUUUGAACAACAUAAAGGAAAACAAUUAUGGUCGAAUUUUCUUAACACAUCAAGCGUUCUUCAGAGAUCAAAAAUUAUUUCUUGACGUAUCAGGAUGGAAAUGAUAAUUUUUUCUUCUUCACCGUUUCACUCCUUAAUAUUUCCGAUAACUCAACCUCUCCGAUAUAUUUCUCGGCAGACACCACGAAACUGUGAUAUGUCUUAAGUUCUCGCCACCUAACGGCUGGAAACAUGAUAAAUAAAACAUUUAUUGUUAGAAAGUAGUGUCAACUUUAAAAGAACGCGUUCCGUGAUGUUUUUGUUUGUUUGUUUGUUCACUCUUUGUAGAAAACAGUUCAUGCUCUUGAAAGAAUUUUUAUUGAAAAAUAAAAUAAAAUAAAUAUUGGCAUGAGUGUCACUUGUCAGAUUUGAAAGUUGUGAUUGUAAGUGGAGAGAGGAACUAAGUUUUCUUAGAACACAAAAAGAAAAGAAAUAAAAGUGUUAGACAAACAGCAACUUUUGAGCGUCUCUUGCGUAGCACGUGCUUGUCACACGGCGAAAAAGAAACCAAAAAAAUAUUCAGUUGCUAUGCGCUGUAAGUAGGCUUGUCGGUGAUAGCCCCCAUCAUUGUCUCAUGCCCACAGAAGGGAUGUUUUUUACCUUUUGUUAUCUAUUUAUUUAGAGAAAGCUCUCUAGACUCAUCUUACAUGCUCGCUAUUGCAGGCAAUUGGAAACAAGACAGCAACACUCAAAAGAAUGGUGAAAGAAUCCACAGAAUGGGCAAAGCUUGAACCAGCUGGUAACAUGAAAGUAUCUGAGUUUAUCGACUCCCUGCAAACAUUAAAGGAACCACUUUACUUGUUUGAUUGGAGCAUACCAACACACGCUCCUGACUUAGCAGAAGAACUAAAGAUUCCCAAAUAUUUUGCGGGAGAUUUCUUGCAGAGAACUGCCCCAGGAUCAUUAUACCGAGAUAGUUGGCCAAGUCUUUUUAUUGCACCUAAAGGAUUGCACAGUGACCUUCAUGUUGAUGCAUUUGGUUCAAAUUUCUGGAUGGCACUUUUCCAGGGCAGAAAAAGGUAAGGUAUACUUACUCAAAAUUGCUUAUAAUUGGGAUAGUUGCAAGUGAUAUCAUGUGAUAGGCUGGGAGUAGGCCUUCAUUAUCAUUAUGCAGCCACACAAGUGUUUCUUUGCCCAGGGUUGAAGUUUGGGUCAAGUCUGCAAGAGAUCUGGAAGAAGGCUCUUUUUAUUUUUCUCACCAAUUUGUUUUAUGAUGACCAAUAAUCUCUUUUCAAUAUAGGUGGACAUUCUUCCAGAGAGAAGACAUUCCAUUACUUUAUCCACACUACCAGGAUUCACUUGACCUUGCAUUUGAUGUAGAUCUGAGUUGUCCUGAUCUUGAUAAAUUUCCCCUGUUGAUGUCAGCAGUGCUUCGUCAAUGCAUUCUAGAACCUGGUGAGCUGUUGUUUGUUCCUUAUGGCUGCCCACACAGAGUGGAAAACUUGGAAGAUUCUUUAGCAGUUUCGUCAAAUUUUGUUGACUUGUCUAACCUUCAUGUUGUUCUUGAGGAACUAAGAGGAAAUGCAUUGAUUGAUCCCAGAUCACAAGAUUUGUUAAUACAAAUGACAAGGGAUAAUUUUCCAGUGAAAAUGUUCAGUCAACAGAGUGACCUUUCCUGGAAAGAUUUCAAGACAUGGCCUCAAGUUAAUUAUAAAGACUUUGAUGUUGAUAUGGAGGAUUUGCAAAAUUACACUGAUAAAUAA